AUGGAUCUCUCUGUACAUGCCCAUAAAUCGAAUAGUCCCGGGUGGGCAGUCUGGACUUCACUAUCCAUCACCACCGGUGCCUCCCAUCCUUUGACCUCGCACUCCGUGCCGCCGAAGCUUUUCACAGAGGAUAUCAAAGGCAAGGUAACACAAGAAAGCAUAGCCUCCACCACCAAGAAGCCAUUCAACCCGGAACAGAAAAACAUCAAAACUCAGACUUGGCCUCACCCUGAAACGAACAGCCGUUCAUCCCUAAACCCAUCCAAGACCGCCGGAAACGGUAACACACCCGCACCCGUACACCGUCUCGUAUCGCCACAACACAAGACCGCUCCACGUCUCAACUCGCACACGCUCAACGGAAGUCGAGAGGAAAUUCCACCCGCCCUUCUAGUCCCAAGGCCACCUCUUAGCCCCAAGGAACUUCUCGAAGAAGAGGAACGGGAAGAAGAAAAAAAAGCCCCGGCCCUUACAACUCCCGAGUACACACACCCACGACGCCGGAAAAGGCGACGCCGCAUCGAUCUCGCUCGCCGCGUGUCCAACGGACGUGAUGUCUCAUCCUAG